GAAUUAACCAAGCCACAUUUUUUAACAGAAAACAAGCAAACAAUAUUCAACAGUACUUUAACAUGCUUUCAAUAUCAUUAUCAACCUAUAGAUUCACCAUUUUAAUCUACUUGGUGUCGUUAUUCACGUGUUCUUCGGCUUCCAUGUUCACUAUAACGAACAACUGUCCGUUUACAAUAUGGCCCGCUACACUUUCGGGUGCAGGAUCAACCCCGCUUCCAACGUCAGGCUUUCAACUGAAUACGGGCCAAAGCGCACAAAUCCCUACAACCCCAAAGUGGUCUGGGAGAGUAUGGGCUAGAACCGGCUGCACGUUUGAUCCAUCUGGUGUAGGUAAAUGUGAAACCGCAGAUUGUGGUGGCAAGAUGGAAUGCAGUGGCAUGGGUGCGACGCCGCCUGCGUCCCUCUUUGAGAUAACGUUCGGUGGCUACAAUAAUUUGGAUUAUUAUGAUGUUAGUUUCGUAGAUGGUUACAAUCUACCACUCAUUGUUGUGCCACGGUCCACAUCGGGUGGAUGUAACGCGACAGGAUGUGCUUCAGACAUUAACAUGGGGUGCCCCAAAGAGCUACAGGUGGUGGGCGGCGAUGGUGGUGGUGGCGCAGGUGGAAUUAUUGCUUGCAACAGUGCUUGUGGUGCAUUUGGAAUUGAUCAAUAUUGUUGUAGCGGGCAGUAUGCGAAUCCGAACACAUGCAAGCCGUCUUACUAUUCUAGUAUCUUUAAACGAGCUUGUCCUCGAGCCUAUAGCUACGCGUUUGAUGAUGGCACGAGCACAUUCACUUGUAACGCGUAUGAAUACGUUAUUAUCUUUUGCCCCAAUAACAAUAACAACAACAAUAACAGCAUGGAGCAGCAAACACCCCAAACCGACCCGUUAAUAGCUCCUCAUAUUAAAAAUGGCCGAACGGGAGGGUCUAAGCAGACAAACACAUCGAACGCCAUUUUACAAGUUUAUGUAUCGACAUGUCUCGUUGUAGUUUCAUUUCUAUCAUUGUACUUGGUACAUAUGUAACAUUAGAUGGUCGGGGUUUUCACGCUUUCACUCCCAACAUGUGAUCAAGAUGUCAAAAUCAAGAGAACACAUUGAGAUAUCGAGUAGUUACACCAUGCAUGCAAGACGUUAUGUUAGAUAGAUGUGGAUUAGUUAUGUUCACUUGUUUAAAUUGCUUCGCACACUUUAUGUAAAGUUUAUUUUAUCACUAAUAAUAAAGCACGUUGGCUG